AUGGCUAUCCCUUUUGCAGAGCAGGUCGUGGACUAUGGCCUUGGAGACGUGCGUGGGCGUCUCCAUACAUCGGGCUUUAAAGAGCUGCCCGUCAGUUCUGUAGGUGAUGCCAAUACCAGGGCUCUCAUUUUGGCAGGCCUCUAUCAGCAUGGCAGAGAACAUGAUGCUGAAGAGGAUGGGCGCGAGGAUACACCCUUGCCUCAACCCGUUUGUCGCUGCGAAGUCCUCGGAUACUGUUCCGCCUUCAGUUACGCGUGCCCUCAUCCCGUUGUGGAGCUGAAGUACCAUGUGGAUGAGGUGAUCUGGGCAGCCGAAUUUAUGCAUGACUUUCCACAGCCCGUCCCCGUUCACUGUGUCGAAGGCUUUAGUCAAGUCCAAGAAGGUCGCGUAAAGUUGUCACGCGGCAAAGAUCAUGUCAGCGGUGCCGCGAUUGCGGCAGAAGCCACACUGGCUUUCCGUUUGAAACCCUUGUUCCAGGUGGUUGUUGAGGCGAUAAAGGAGGACACGUGCGAAGAUCUUCUCUGCAUGGUUGAGCAGCGAGAUAGCUCGGUGAUUGUAGCAGAGUCGUCUAUCUCAUUUGUGCUUGUAGAGGUGGACGAUUGUGGCGUCCUUGAAGUCCUGGGGUACUCGCCCUUCAUGCCAUAUCCUCUGAAAGAGUGCAGUGAGGUGGUAUACGCGUUGAUGACCGCCGCAUUUGAAAACCUCAGCAGGGAUCGCGUAUUGUCCAGCUGCUUUCCCGCUGGAUAA